CUAGGCAUGCAGACUGCUUCUACAAACAUUUGGGAGAGAAUGGGUCUCAGGAGCUCAGUGAAUUAAAGAGUGGUACUGUGAUAGGUUGCUACCUGUGCAAUAAGUCCAUCCCUGACAUUUCAUUUCUCAACUGAAUGGGUUUCCAUGGCCGAGCAACUGCAUCCAAGUUGUACAUCACUAAGUGCAAUGCAAAGCGUUGGAUGCAGCUGUGUAAAGCACGCUUCCACUGGACUCUAGAGCAGUGGAGAUGUGUUCUCUGGAGUGAUGAGGUAUGCUUCUCUGUCUGGCAGUCUGAUGGAUGUGUCUGAGUUUGGUCGUUGCCUAACCGCAUUGUGCC